GCUUUCUUUCGCCCUCCGAGCUUGGGUUUGCUGUUUCGCUUGGCUCACCUGGUUCGCCUGCCAUCUCUGCCGCACCAAAGCCUCCCCCAUCAAACGCGGCCACGAUGUCCGGCUUCGGAGAUUGCUUCCUCACUCCCUCGUCCCCACCUUCGACGCUGUGGACCGUGAACAAUCCUUUCAAUGCAACUCUGGGCUGCAGCUCCUUGCCCUCACGAACCGCCAAUGUGUCCUUACAUUUCGACGACUUCACAUAUUCGGGAAAUCAAAUCCCAAAUUUCACCGUUGUCGAUAGUGUCAUGUUGACACAAGCAAAGGCCUCGAAUGUCUCUCUGAAGCUGCCUUGGAACUUCACUUCCAAUUGGUCACCCAACACCUCCCAUAACUACACAGUUCAAUUGGUCAGCAUCGCUCUAGUUACUGAUUCAUCAACUAGUGCUAAUAUUGGGUUCUAUAACUAUAACACCACCCAAAGCACUGCCUCUCUCAACUUCAUCGUCAGCAACGUUGUGGGAUCCUCGUCGCCAUCGACCAGCUCUUCCACUGGGUCUCCUCCAACCCCGAUUCAGACCUCUACGGUUACGACGUCCGAGGGCCUCUCGGCUGGGGCUAUCGCUGGAAUAUCGGUCGCGGCUGUGUUGGUAGCUGCUUUGGCCGCCCUCGGCCUCAUCUGGUACCACCGAUCUUCCUACCAACGCGGCAAGGAAGUUGCAUCGGGCCAUAUCUCAGCACAGCCUAGCGAAAGAGGCCUGCUGGAGCACUCGAGCCUCCCCGCCCUCCCCCCUGUCCCUGUGGACCAGGAGGGUCUGCUGCAAGUUGUCCCCGCGAGUGUGCCGCCUGCUGUGGCACCGCUUCCUAUCAAGGCAACGGCUCUCGUUGAUCACACCGGCGACAAGGACGACGAGCUCGAUCUCUACAAGGGCGAAGACAUCUGGAUCAUCGAGAGCUACUCGGAUGGCUGGGCAAAGGUCAACAAUGCCUCCAACGAGAUCGGCAUUGUGCCUCUUAGCUACCUCAAGCCAACGAGCUACUGAGCCGAAGCCGAUGCCCUCGACACCGCUACUGUUCCUUACCAAACCCCGGGCCCGUCUCCUUUUUAUUACUUUAUUGCUUUCUUCUCUUCCUCAUCUUUUUCAAACUAGUGCAGGCCUGUGGUGAGAACAGCGCUUGUUCGGACAGACAUCUGUUGCUUCUCGGAGGGGCCAGAUGUGUAUCCAAGUCGUCCGGUUGCGCUGCAUCAUAUCCCCCGCCGCCGCCUCUCGAUCGCUCCUCACUGGCCCAGCCAACGUUCUCUUUGCUUGUCGGUCCUGCUGCCCUGCUCAACCCCCGUCCGUUUUCGUGAUUAGCCUCGUUUCUUCUUCUUUUUCUGUUAUUCCUGCGCCGUGAUCCAGUUUGCUUGCUCUUGCUGCUCUUGCUUCUGCCUUUGCUGCUAUCUGCAGUGCUCGCGUGCCCCCAUGCUACUCCCCCGGAACUGGUAUCCACAGCGAGGCAAUAGAAUUGUAUUCAAUAGCGCCG